GAAAAAUUUCGUGUACAAAUAGUCUUGCAAAAUGAGAGUGACAUGAAUGACAAAACAGUUAGCAUCCUGAACUCCCUCAGAGAUGAAAUUAAUCAAGGAUUAAAAGGAAUAGACUUCGUAUUUGCCUCUUCUGGAAGUAUAGUUUUUUGUGUGGAUAUACUGGUUAAGGAAAUGCAAACAGAUGAAACAAUGCAACUUGUAAUAUACUCGUUUAUAAACAGAAUAAUCGAGACAAAAACUGUUGUCGUUUCCUCAACUGGAUAUGUGGAUGUAGUGUUGAUACAUUCUGAGGAAAACACUUUUUUCGAGAAGACAAAGAAAGAAACGAUUACUUCAUCUGUUGUUAACCUCGAUUUCGAUAUUGAUGCUAGUCAUUUUGAAACUGAUGAAAAAAUGAAAGCAGCACUUAUUGAUAUUGUUGAAAACGUUUAUAAGAAAUCAAACGGCAGUGGAAAAAAAGGCGAAAUCAAAGCAAAAGUUAUGCCUUUGGAAUUCGACUUCGAAGCAGAAAUUGUUUCCGAACUUAAAGAAUACGAUAAAUCAAAUCAGGAAAAUACAGACACCAGACACGAUCCUGAACAUUCUGAAGUAGAUGUAAAACACGAAAAGGAAGAACAGCAGUAUGAAAAGACUUAUUUCCUUGAUUGUUUAACAAUGAUCUCAUCACAAAGACAGAAACAGCUUGGCGAGGAUCUACUGAAUGCUGUUUUUUGUGGAGACGAGGAGAAAUUUCAACUGUGUUUAGAAAAAGGCGCAAAAAUAAACUACCAAGGCAGGAAUGGUAGUUCUGCCCUUCAUCGUGCUGCAUGGAACGAGCUGCCAAAAUUCGUCAAGUUGCUUAUUGAACGGGGUAUCGAUUGUAAUUUGAAGAACUGGGAUGGAGAAUCUGCACUUCACUCUGCUACAUCGAACAAGAAAACAACAAUCAUUAAAUUACUAAUUGAAAGUGAUAUUAAUCGCAAUUUACAGGACAAGGAUGGAAAAUCUGCACUUCACCAAGCUACAUUGAACAGGAAAACAGAAAUCGUCAAAUUACUAAUUGAAGGUGGCAUUGAUCUCAAUUUACAGGACAAGGAUGGUUUGACCGCACUACAUGCUGCUACAAAAUACGGAGAUACAAAAAUUGCAAAUUUGUUGAUUUGCGGCACGGGUAUGAAUCUCAAUUUACAGAACAAGGAUGGUUUGACCGCACUACAUAUUGCUACAAUAGAAGGAAAUACAAAAAUUGUCCAUUUGCUUUUCGACAAGGAUAUUAAUAUGAACUUACAGGAAAUGCAUGGUUGGACCGCACUUCACAGUGGUGCAUGGUUCGGGAAAACAGAAAUCGUACAUCUACUUAUUGAAAAAGGCAUUAAAAUCAAUUUAAAGGCGAAGGAUGGAUCGUCCGCUCUUCAUCUUGCUGCAAAUAAUGGGAAUACAGAAAUAGCACGUCUGCUUAUUGACCAUCAUAUAGAUAUCAAUUUACAGGACAAAUCCGGAUUUGGCAAUGAUGAAAACAGAUGGAUAAGCUUUGGGAAUGCCAAUGUUUUAACACUGUAA